GAUGGCGGACGAUGUCACGGAUGAUUCAAAGAAGAAGCGCAAGAAGAAAGAUAAACAUAAAAAGAAGAAGAAGAAGAUUAAAGCUGAUGAUAAUAAUGGUGGAUUCGUAGAAAAAGAGAUCCAGGUUUCACAAUCAUCAGAAACAUUGGAUGAAAAUCACAACAAACAAGAAAAAUCUCGAGGGAGAUCAUUCACUGUUAGUAUUGCAUUACCUGGUUCAAUUCUUGAGAAUGCUCAGUCACCAGAGCUUAGGACGUACUUGGCUGGGCAGAUUGCUAGAGCUCUUGUUAUAUUYAAUGUGGAUGAAGUAAUCAUCUUUAACGAAUCCAAUAAACCCCUUGACCAGGAAGCUACAUUUCAUGGUGUUAAUAAAAAGGGCAACGCAAACAUACAACUUGCUAGAAUUCUGCAAUAUCUGGAAUGUCCUCAGUACCUUAGGAAAUCCUUCUUCCCCAGACAUGUUGAUCUACAAUAUGCAGGUGUAUUAAAUCCUUUGGACAGCCCUCAUCACAUGCGYAUCGAUGAUGAUGUUCUCUUCAGAGAAGGUGUGGUUUUGGACAGACCAGUUGCAGAAAAGAAGGGAUCAUUAGUGAAUGCAGGUGCAAGAAAAGAAGUCAGAAUUGACAAAUAUCUAAGGCCAGGGAUAAGAGUUACUGUCAAAAUGGAGAAACCCUCUAAAAAAGACUCCAAAGUGUUCUAUGGUACAGCAGUGUCGCCCAGUGCACCAAGGRCAGAGUGUGGUAUUUACUGGGGAUACUCAGUUCGACUUGCAUCAAGUUUUGGUGAAGUUUUCACUCAAAGUCCAUACGACGAUGGAUAUGACAUUAUGAUAGGAACGUCAGAAAGGGGAAGUUCAGUUGACACAUUGAACCUGCAGCCAUUCAAGAAUAUGUUGAUUGUAUUUGGUGGUCUAAAAGGACUUGAAGCAAGUUUAGAAUCAGACCAAAACCUGGACGUCUCCACUCCUGAUAUUUUGUUUCAUCAUUACAUCAAUACAUGUCCUGGRCAAGGAAGUCGGACRAUACGCACAGAAGAGGCAAUAUUAAUUACAAUGUCAACAAUAAAACCUGUCAUYGAAAAGACAAUGAACUGGGCUUACAAAGAUCACUCUAUUGAAACACUGCACAUUGAAUCAUAAGAAUGAAUUAAAACAGUAUUGGAUAGCUUUCAAAGUAGGUAACUUCCUCCAACCAUGUUUAAGAUAUUUAAUACAUUUAAGCUAAGAUCAAGCCAAGUCUGAAACUGUUUUAAUUUUGUCUUCAGCCAAGAAGAGGCACCAAUAGUGCGGAAUCUUUUCUCAAUGUGUUAAAUAUUUUAAAUGAGGUUGGACUCACACUUUUAUAGAACCUUUAUAGACCUUUUUUAUAAACAAAGUCAUUUCAUCUACAGUGUAUUAUCAUUAAUUAUUAAUAUAUUAAUAUCACAUGCAAUACAAAUACACUCAUAUUCCUGCACUUUUUAUUUAACAAUAAAGUGUUUGACACC